CCCCCGGGGCUGGAAGGGGACACUCACCGCGGUGCCUACACCGCCUUCAUGAAAUCCCAUCGCUGCUACGACCUGAUCCCCACCAGCUCCAAACUGGUCGUCUUCGACACAUCCCUGCAGGUGAAGAAGGCAUUCUUCGCGCUGGUCACCAACGGUGUCCGGGCAGCCCCGCUCUGGGACAGCAAAAAGCAAAGUUUUGUAGGAAUGCUGACCAUCACCGACUUCAUCAACAUCUUGCACCGCUACUACAAAUCACCCAUGGUGCAGAUCUAUGAGCUGGAGGAACAUAAAAUAGAGACCUGGAGAGAGGUUUAUCUGCAAGACUCCUUCAAGCCACUGGUCUGCAUUUCCCCCAAUGCCAGCCUGUUCGACGCCGUCUCCUCCCUGAUCCGGAACAAGAUCCAUCGCUUGCCCGUCAUCGACCCCGACUCGGGGAACACACUCUACAUCCUCACCCACAAACGCAUCCUCAAGUUCCUCAAGCUCUUUAUCGCAGAGGUCCCCAAGCCUGAGUUCAUGGCACAGACGUUGGAGGAGCUGCAGAUUGGCACCUACAGCAACAUCGCCGUGGUUGGCACCAGCACCCCCAUCUACGUGGCCCUGGGCAUCUUCGUGCAGCACCGCGUCUCUGCGCUGCCUGUGGUCGAUGACUCGGGGCGGGUAGUGGACAUCUACUCCAAAUUCGACGUUAUUAAUCUGGCAGCUGAGAAGACCUACAACAACCUGGAUGUGACGGUGACGCGGGCGCUGCAGCACCGCUCCCACUACUUCGAGGGCGUCCUCAAGUGUUACAAGCACGAGACGCUGGAAACCAUCAUCAACCGCCUGGUCGAGGCCGAGGUCCACCGGUUGGUGGUGGUGGAUGACAGCGAUGUGGUUAAAGGGAUCGUCUCCCUCUCGGACAUCCUGCAAGCCCUGGUCCUCCCACAGGGCCCCUGAGGCAGUGGGGGAGGAGGUUUCAGUCCUCCCGAGCCUCCCACUCUCUUCUCCUGCAACACUGUGACCCCCGGGCUGGUAGGGACACCUGGGGUAUGCCCCCACUCACCAGCAGCAUCCAGCAAUAACCCCCAGCCCUGGGGCAGCCCCCGCUGCCCUUCCCUGGGUGGGGGGAGCCUGCAGCCCCCCCAUGCCGUGCCCUGCACCCCAAAGCUGUGUGGGGUGAUGGAGGCAGCCUUCGACCCCCCUGGGGUGCUGGGCCAGGGUCACCCAUAUCCAUGCCAGGGCUGUUCCUGUGUGGAUUCUUGUCCCUGUCACCCUGCACCCUCUCCCUGGGUUUGGUGAAACCCACUCAGCACUACCCGGCCCGGGGACCCCCCACACCCCCGGGGGUUCCACCUCCCUCCACGUUCCCCCGGCUGUGCCCACACCCGUCACCGCUUCGUGUGUGAAGAGAAACCACGAAUAAACACAGACUUGGCACCA